UCUCCAAUUCAGAUGGAGCUGCAGUAAGCUCAAGUCUUCAUUCAUAGAAACAGAAAGAAAUAGAGAGUUUGAAUAGGCAUGGAAACACAAACAGCCUCUAAAUUUCAUGUCCUACUAGUUCCUUUCCCUGGCCAAGGCCAUGUAAAUCCCAUGAUGCAAUUCGCUAGGCGCUUGGUUUCCAAAGGGCUUGAAGCCACCCUUGUUGUUUCCAUUUUCAUUGCCAAAUCCAUGAAGCUUGGCUCCUCCGUCGGCCCUGUACAGCUCGAUGUAAUUUCCGACGGCUAUGAUGAUGGUGGCUUUCCAAAAACUAACAGUUUCGACACCUAUCUUGAGCGGCUGAAGGCCGCCGGUUCAAGAACCCUGGCGGACCUCAUCAUGAAGUAUGAGAAGACCCCGAACCCUAUUGACUGUGUGAUAUAUGAACCUUUCUUGCCUUGGGCCUUAGAUGUUGCCAAGGAAUUUGGGUUGCUGGGAGCUGCCUUUUUCACUCAGCCAUGUGCGGUUGAUUAUAUUUACUACAAUAUUCAGCAUAAGUUGCUUUCACUGCCAAUUUCUUCAACCCCAGUGUCGAUUCCAGGAUUGCCUUUGCUUGAGUUGCGAGACUUGCCAUCGUUCGUGCGUUUGCCAGAUUCAUAUCCUGCCAACGCUGAGAUGCUCAUAAGUCAGUUCUGUAACGCAGAUAAAGCUGAUUUUGUACUCAUAAACACUUUCUACAAGCUAGAGCCUGAGGCGGUGGAUACAAUGUCUAAAGUUUGUCCUGUGCUCACAAUUGGACCGACAGUUCCGUCAAUUUACUUGGACAAGCGGAUUGAAGAUGAUGAUGAUUAUGGUGUUGACCUCUUUCCAUUAGAUGCCUCUGCUUCAAGCAAUUGGCUCAGCAGUAAGCCAGAAAGGUCAGUGGUUUAUCUGUCCUUUGGCAGUUUCUCUGGUUUAAGUGACAACCAAAUGGAGGAACUUUUGUGGGGUUUAAAGAGAAGCAAUUUCUAUUUCUUGUGGGUAAUUAGGGCUACUGAGGAAGCAAAACUACCCAAAACAUUCAAGGAAAAUUUGGGUGAUAAGGGCCUUAUAGUGAACUGGAGUUGUCAAGUAAAACUGCUAACCAACAAAGCUGUGGGAUGUUUUCUGACCCAUUGUGGUUGGAACUCAACAAUUGAGGCAAUGAGCUUGGGUGUGCCUAUGGUGGCAAUGCCAUUAUGGAGCGACCAACCGGUGAAUGCCAAACUUGUGGAGGACGUUUGGAAGGUGGGAAUUAGAGUUAAGGUUGAUGAGGAAAAAGGGAUUGUGCCAAGGGAUGAGAUUGAGUUCUGCAUAAGAGAAAUAAUGGAGGGUGAAAAAGGGAAAGAGGUGAAGAAGAAUGUUGAGAAAUGGAGUGAGUUGGCCAUUGAGGCUGUUAGUGAAGGUGGGACUUCUGAUAAGAAUAUUGAUCAAUUCGUAUCAAAAUUGGUAAAGACUUGAAUUAAGAGUACUUGGUGCUUCAUUAGGCUAUAUUAUGCAUAUUGGAUUUGCUUAGUCCUUUUCCUUGCAUAAUAAGAGAUGAUUCAGUGUGUCUGAAGUAUUCCACAUUUAUGAAUUCUGAGGAGAAUUGAUCAUGUAGCCUUAUGAUUGCUUUGCAGAUAAACUGUUUGCAGUUUAACGUGAAGGAAUUAAUUAGUACUCACAUCACUAUUGUAGUUUUUGCGGAUUUUUCAUGUUUUGUUCCACCUUCGUCCGGCUAAAUGCCUCUUUGUAAUGCACUUCUUGUAAUCAAUAUUUUUAUAAUUGUCAAAAAAUAAUGAAAAAGAACAAAGAAUAUGUGCUCCUUGAGGUCUGAUUAAA